AAAGCGGCCUUGAGUAGUAAAGUUGUUACACUUCUCAUCAGCACAGCUAUAAAGAAACAAAACAUAUGGAAUAAUGCUCCAAAUGACAGUUAGAAUUAAGCACAGAGGAUUUACUCCUCGCGUUUUGUAAACAAGCAGUUUUGAAUUCACAAAUCCGAAAUCUGUACGCAAUAAAGUUAUUUAUUUCGGUCCUUAGAUCUACUACUAGCAUUAAGACCUGUGGAUUAUUUUUUGAGUUUUAAUCGAAUCAAUCGUCAGUGAGACCAUAAUUUAUGGACGACCUUUGAGCGACGCUAGAGUGACCUUGAGAGCGUCCACUUACUGAGUAGAAGCAUUGAACGUAACUGUGCAGUUCAUCAUCUAAAUAAAUACACUUAAUUUGAGUUUGUUAUUUACAACUUCAAUGUAGCAUGAACACACACCUGGUUGAAUACUCCUCUAGCGAUGAAAAGACUGAAAAACUGGAGCUGCCUAUAACACUCCAAGAUUUAAAUUCCGAUUCCUUUCGUUUUUUUGUUCGUGAAGAUGAUCCUUCGAAGCAUGAUUUUCGUAGUAGAACUUUUCCUCAUGAACCUGGGAGUUGGGCUACUUCCGUUUAUAUUGCAUGUUAUCAUUUGCAUUCUAGAAUACUUGAGGCGAUCAAAGACCCCGUAAUUCAAUCAAAUCCUGUAAUGGCUGAUUGUUAUACUGUGGAUUCUCCUCAUAUAAGUUUGUCGAAGACAUGGCCUAUUUAUUUUCAUUGGAUUGAGAAUGUUGUUGGUAAUCUUCGUUCUGCUGUAAAAUCUUUUGGAAAGUUCUGGAUUGCACUUGAUGGUGUAGAAGUUCUUGUAAAUGAAGAAAAUACACGAUCAUUUUUUACUUUAGUAGCUUCUGAAGAGUCGCGUAUAGUACUGAUUUCUCUACUCAAUUCUGUUGAUCCAUGUGUCACUGCGUUUAGAGGACCAAAGUAUUAUGAGAAUCCUAAAUUUCAUAUGAGCUUUUUGUGGUGUAAUGGGAAUGUUCGUAAGAAGUAUUCAACAGAAACACUAAACAAUUUUUCGAUGGCUUUGCAAAAAGCAAUAUUUGUAGAAUCUAAAAAAAUAUUCCAUGAAGUUACAGAUAUAGUGUGCAAAAGUGGAAACAAAUAUUUCGACAUAAAUAUAUUGUAAUUUUUUAUGUAAAUAGAUGUACUGUGCUUUGAAAUAUUCAUAUUUCUUUACAAGCUUAUUUAUUCUGACGCGCACAAAAAUAAUCAGUCUUAUCGGCAUUCAUUCAAAUUAAAAUAAACCGGAAUAGUUUGGUAUCAAAGUAGGAUAUGAGUUCUAAAAGCACAAGUAAGACAUUUAGAGGCCCGAUAUCUGACUCGAAGUGGGUUGUAUAAUUGUUUGUUAUUGAAUGAUUGCUGUCGAAAUAUAUAUAUCGCCAAUCGUAUAUAAUCAUUGACUUAAAUCGCGAUGGUGAAUAACAGAACUAAAUAAGUCAAAUACGAGAAUGGGUUUUUGAAUACGUAUAUUCUGUACAAUCGUUGAUACGAAAGCGAAACAAAAUAAAAUUACGCGCAAUGGAGAAGGCGAUUGAGCCAACUUGAUUUAAUCAAGCGUAAAUCAAUAUUUAUAGCCAAACAAAAACAAGUUACAGACAUGACUAAGAUAAUAAAUGCACACAUAUACGUCUACAUGGAAACAGUCAAGAUUGAUAAGCGAAUAAUUAACAAGAUC